UCUCUAUGUCGUUGCGAAGCGCAACUGAAUCAUGUCAGAAGGAUGAAGUGGAAUGUAGAGAGGCACUGAUUUACGAAUAUACUGUUGCCGAGCAUACUCACGCCCCUCUGUUGGGCCUCAUCGUAGAUUCUAUGGACUUUCCACUGAAUGUGUCCUUCCCUCUCUUCGGUGUGGGAGUCCUCACCUUACUGCUUACCUUUGCCUUCUGUUGCUACAUGUGGAGGUUGAAGAAACAAGGACAGAGAGAGGUUGGCUAUAAAAAGGUUGUCUAUGACACAAGAAAAAUGAAGAGGAAGAAAAUUCAGAAUGAUACGUGUGCAGUUUGUCUAGAGGACUUCUCCCAGAAGGAGGAGAUAGGCUUGUGUCCAUGUAAACAUGCCUUCCAUGUCAAGUGUAUCAUCCAGUGGCUGAGGUUUCACAACACUUGUCCUAUGUGCAAGUCACAAGUACGACCUUUGACUUCGACGGAGAGGACAGUCUUAGUGGGUCAUGCUGUCACGGUGUCGUCCAUCUGAUCCCAGAUUAUCAAUACUUAUAUCUAACUGUUGACUUACCUUACCAUACAAUACAUGUACCCCUAUUUGUAUCAUCUAGAAGGUUGACACACAUAUGCUGUGUUAUAUUUUACAUAUGUAUGCAAAAUACAGUUGCAGGUAAAUUUUUCAUUUAACAUUGUAAUGUUUAAUUUGUCUGUCUCUUUGGUUAAAAGGUUUAUAAAUACAUACAUGUAGUAUAUGUAAAGUUUGUAUAUUUGUGUACAGGAUACAUGUUAAUAUUAAUGUGGAUUGUAUAUUUAUGUGUAAAUGUAUGCCAGAUUUUGUUUUAUAUAUUUAUACAUGUACCACAAAUUAUACACGAUCAGAAUGUGGGUGAGGGUUGUGUUUAUAAUAUUUAUAUGUAAAGUGCUCUUUGUCAGAACUUAUACGGGUGGUUGUGUUUUGUUUAGAUGCAGUGCUGCUUUUGUUGCUAAUAUUAUUUUAAGUCAGUGCAUUUUUUGGUUUCAUAUUCCACAUGAUUUUUACAUUUUUAUUCUGGAUUGGGCUGUACACUGUAAAUAUUAUGACAAAUUGCUAAGAAUUUUAAACAGGUGUGAUGAGUGCAGUUGACAUAAAAUUAUGUCAGGGGAUAGAAAAAAUGUGUAUUGAUCUUUAUCUUUGAUAUUGGUAUGUGUAAGGUACAUACUCAAUAUGUUGAUUAUAUGAAAAUGCAUUUAGUGACAGAUCUCUGAUCUACAUCGUGCCUUAACUCAUGAAUGAUGAUAUCAUGAAUUGUGAAAUGUAAACCCCACUGAAAAAGACAGGAAGAAGCUACACAAACAGGAGUAUUUUGACAACUUUUGGUGUAGGUCAUCUUGUGUGCUACUAAUGGAUUAAAUUAAGUAUUGUUGCCUACUUAUAUUUUAUUUUUGUGGGUUUUUUUUG